CGUCGACGCUAGCACCCCGCACGCUGACCCGGCUACAGGGUAAUAAGGUACUACUAGUAGUGUAUCUUUGGAUGUGGAACACCAAAACGGGCGCUCCCGUCCCCUGAGCACUGUCCCGCCGUCUCAACGAGACAUCUGUUUCAGCAUUAAUUCAUCAAACAUCUCGUCAGUCCUCACUCUCGACAAGCAUUCCAGUUCACACGUCCUCCUGCGGUCCUGACAUCGACUCCCAAGCGCUAGCUGCCACCCAAGGGGCCAAGAUGGUUGUUUGUCACCUCCACAUCGUUUCCUUGAAGCCAGGCGUCUCAGUCGCCAGUUUCCUCCACAAUCUCCGGCAGAACGGAGCCAAGCCUGUGUUCCAAGCCCGUGUCCUGCGAUGGAUGAUUCUGCCAAGGAAAAUGUCAACCGGCCAUCUGCUCGGACGCAACAUCCAUUGGGACGUGCUGCUCGGGCUGGAGGGUGACGGUUCCAUUCCAGCAUCGUCACAAGCCGACAUCGCCGCCAUCUGGACCGCGUCAUCCGGAGUGAGCGCCCGUGCUCUGUCCGGCUACGGCGAGCUCAACGCGACGCUGCUGAACCCACUCCGCGGCUCCGUCCAGCCUGCCGAGCUGCCCGACCAUUCUAGUAGUACGAGCGAUUCCUCCGAGAACCUGGAGCUUUCCCCGGAAUGGGUGCAGUGGAUCGAGGCGCUACCGUGGUCGGUGCGGGAGCAUCCCGUGUCGAUGCUGAACCUUCUCGCUUUUCAUCCGUGCAAGAAGGACCAGUACAAACAGUACGGUGCUGAAUUCUCAAAGCGUGCGGGGUCACGCCACGGAGGCCAUGUCAAGCUUGUCGGGCGGGUGCUGGGCAGCCAAGCGGGGGCCGAUGGCUGGGAAGAAAUCGCCUAUGUGCACUACCCGAGUGUCAGGCAUUUUGCUGCCAUGGCGGGCAGCGAGGAUUACCAGGCGGUCAAUAAGCAGUACAGGCUUGGUGCGUUGAAGGAUACGUUCAUCCUGUGCUGCCAGGAGAUCAACAGUGAUGGGGAACUGGCCGGCGCUGCGGAGCCGGGAAAGAGCAAGCUGCAAGGGUCAGCGGUCAACAUACGAAAGACAAAUAAGAUCAUUGUACAUACACUCAUACACUGAAGUAGCAGCCCCGUAAACACCUUUUACUGUAAGGCCUUUGCUGGGGUCUCGACGGCCGCCACUAACCAUACAGCGCCCGCUCCCUUGGUUUUGGUAAGAUGGGACCGAAGCUCAGGAGGAAGAGCCCCUAUGCUGAGAGUCCUAAGGAAGCGAAGUGAGGAGGGAUCUUGGAGAGGCCCGAGUUAGAAUCACAGAAUUGAUACCCCUUUGAAGU